CGAAGUGAGGUGUCGGCUGGAAUGAAGCGCAACAAGAAGCCCCUCCAGGCCGGGCGAAGCGCUGCUACUGAACAAUGCACAAUGCUGGUGUUUGCUGCUGGGCGCUGAUGGCCUCCGUGCGUUCGCUUCUCAUGAAUUCGGAUUCCACCACGGAUUCCACAUGCACCAUGCACUUAUUUCUUUGAAACGGAUUCACCAUCAUCACUAUAUAUGUUCAACAGGGUAUCUCUCUGAUCGUUGAAUGCCCUGCCGUGAGGCUCUUCGUUCGAUCACCUUAUCACCGCAGCAUCAAAACUCAACUGCCGUGAAGUCGUCAUGCGUUAAGCUAACAUGGUGUCGACAAAAGCUAUCGGAAUUGAUCUUGGGGCCCGGCGUGGAAAUUAUUCCCAAUGGUCGUCUGUUGAGAAUUUCCUUCGGUUGGGUCCACUAACGAUCAUCAUCUUUCGAACAGAGAGUAACCGUACAACACCAUCCUGUGUCGCUUUCGUUGAAAACAAGCGUUUGAUUGGCGAUGUUGCUAAAAACCGAGCAUUCAUGAACUUGCACAAUACGGAAGUUUUGCCAAGAUGCUUCAUACAUCUUGCCUUAACCUGUGCUUUACCCUUUAGAGUUUCUAAUGCUGAUCGCCUGAUUGGGCGGAAAUUCAACGGCCCUGGAGUUCAGUCCGAUCUCGAAGGGCUCCCCUUCAGAAUCAUAGACAGAGGCAACAAGCCCAUCAUUCGGGUCUCUUCCUGUGGGGAGCAGAAUGAUUUUGUAAGUGGCGAUGUUUAUAUGCCUUGACACACCUCGUCCCCAAUCGUCCUGAGCUAAAGCCGACACAUUGCCUCUUUAAGACUCCCGAAGAAAUUUCAUCCAUGGUCCUCAUCAAGAUGGAAACUACUGAUGCCUAUCUUGGUCAAACUAUUACGAAUGCUGUUAUUACCGUCCCCGCCUCAACUGCUCGCAAAGACAGGCCACGAAAGAUGCUGGUGUCAUUGCGGGUUUGAACGUCCGUAUCAUCAGCGAACCCGGUGCUGCCACCGCUUAUGUUCUUGAGAGUAAGGCUCGGAGGGAGCGUAACGUCCUUAUUUUCGAUCUUGGUGGAGGUUCUUGACCAUUUAAGGGACUAUCUUCGUCGUCAAGGCCACUGCCGGCAAUUCUCACUUGGGUGGUACAACUGUCUCGUCAACCGCUUCGUCCAGGAGUUCAAGCGAACGACCUUUCGACGAAUGCCCGUGCUCUUCGACGAUUACGUACCGCGUGCGAACGCACCAAAGGUACCCUUUCUUCUGCCU